GAACCCCAGCCCUUCCUGGUCCAAUGGUUCCUGGAAUAACUACAGAUGAGAGUCCAUGAACAACUCCUUCUUUCUUAUGAAACUAUAGACGGUCAAAGCUGGACCAGACCUGAGAAAUCCUCCAGAUGAACCUUCUUUAUUUCACAGAAGGAAAAAUCCAAAGUCUUGAAACUAACUUUUACACUCCUAGGCUGAUGAGGAGGCAGCUGGUGUUGCAGAUCUUAUUGGGUUCAGUCUUCACUGGACUGCUGUUGUUGCUGGCAGAUCAACAACAGGGUUCCUGGAACUCUUCAAUGGAUUUGUGUCCCCCAUCCCAGAAAGCUCCCACCAAAGACCCUCUGGAUCACUCUUCAAGGAAGUUUGAGUGGCUGACUCAGACACCACAUCCCUUUGACCUAAGGUACCCUUAUCCCUACCCCUUCCUGAUCAACCAUCCUGACAAGUGUGAAGGUCCCAGAGGGGCGCCAUUCCUGCUCAUGCUGGUGAUGACUCGACCCCAGGAUGUGGGGGUGCGCCAGGCCAUCCGGCAAACAUGGGGUAAUGAGACUUUGGUGCCCAGUGUGGUUGUCCGCCGACUCUUUGUUCUUGGCCUGCCUCCACCUCUCUUUGACAAGGAACUUCAGGCCCUCCUGGAAGAGGAGGACAGGGAGCAUGGAGACCUCCUCCAGGUGGGCUUCCUGGACACAUACCGCAACUUGACUCUCAAGGUCCUCAUGGGGUUGGAGUGGAUGGCCCAGCACUGUCCCAGUGCUAAGUAUGUGCUCAAGGUGGAUAGUGAUGUCUUCCUAAAUCCCAAUUUCCUAAUACAGCAUAUAUUGCAGCACAAUGGACCCCCACGGCCCAACUUCAUCACAGGACACAUCUAUAGAAACCCAAACCCUGAGCGGAGACAGGGUCUCAAGUGGUACAUGCCCCCAGAGCUGUAUUCCCAGAGCAAGUAUCCUGACUAUUGUGCAGGCCCUGGCUAUGUUCUGUCUGGGUCCCUGGCCCUCAGGGUCCUAAGUGUAGCUCAGAGAGUUAAGGCCAUCUACUUGGAGGAUGUGUUUGUGGGGUUCUGCCUAAAGCACCUGGGUGUAAAGCCCGUACCUGCUCCCCCCAGAACCUUCCUAAUGGUCAGGAGGAAGUACAACCAUUGUGCCUUCCAACGACUUGUCCUGGUCCACCACUUUCAGCACCAAGAGUUACUACACAUUUGGCCGGACUUCCUGAGAGCUAAUAAUACCUGCUAAGUGGUAUAGUGGGUAGAGUGGGUAGAGUGCUAGACCUGAAGUCAGAAAGAUACGAGUCCAAAUUUGGCUCCAGUCUAGCAAGUCACAACUUCUGUUUACCUUAGUUUUCUCAACUGUAAAAUUAAGAUAGUAAUAGAACUUCCCCACCACCGGUGGUUGUAAGAAAAAACAAAGCAAUAUUUGUAAAGAGCCUAGAAUGUUAUAGAGAUUUAAAACGUGUUUAUUUCCUUCCUCCUUUCCCAUAGAGUGAGGGUUUAGCAAAGGGCUGUGAGUUUUAAAAUGAAUGAUAGAGACAGUGUCCCUAGUCCCAUUCCACAGGAUCUUCCAGGCUACCUCUGCUCCCCAGAACAGCCAUAUGGAUGUAAGACCCAAAGAUCUCAUAGAGUUGAGUGUCAAUUCAAGCCCUUAAUUCCUUCAACCCUACUUCAGAGACUCUUCAGAGUUCACUGUUCAGGACACUCAAUGGGGCUUUCAUUCAGAGUGGGCUCCAAAUUGACCCUCAUCCCUCAGGUUCAUUUCUAGGUCUGAUGGACAAAGCACUGGAUUUUGAGUGAAUGGACUUGGUUUAGAAUCCUGCUCCUUUCUGCCCACCAGCAUGACUGUUUCUCUCUCAUCCUUAAUAGUCUUAUCUAUGAAAAAGCAGGUUUGGGCUAAGUAAGCUCUAAGGUCCCCACCCAGCUCUCAUGCAUACUUCUUCCUCCAAAACUCAGGAAAAACAAGUAAGUGAACAAAAUCCAAAUUCUUGUGCCUUCCUGGGUUGUUUGUAGAACAAAAAUUUUCCUUGCUUUCUAUUAAGCUGGCUCACAUUCAAAGUAUAAAGGAUACAAACAUUCUCCUAUAUACAGAUCUGAUUUGCUAACAUUUAUUAAAAGUAGAUAAGAUUGGGGCAGGUGGAUAGCUCAGUGGAUUGAGAGCCAGGCCUAGAGAUGGGAGGUCCUAAGUUCAAAUCUGGCCUCAGACACUUCCCAGCUCCCCAUUGCCUAUCCUUUACCAAUCUUCCACCUUGGAACCAAUGCAUACUAUUGAUUCUAAGACAGAAGGUAAGGUAUAUUUUUUUUUAAGUAGAUAAGAUUUUCUGCUAAAUAGCAGAUCAAGAGCUUCUUUUUUUUUUUUUAAACCUUUACCUUCUGUCUUAGAAUAAAUACUGUGUAUUGGUUUCAAGGCAGAAGAGUGGUAAGGGCUAGGCAAUGGGGGUUAAGUGACUUGCCCAGGGUCACACAGCUGGGAAGUGUCUAAGGCCAGAUUUGAACCUACCUCCUGUCUCUGGGCCUGGCUCUCAAUUCAGUGAACCACCCAGCUGCCCCCAAUAAUUUCUUUUUUUUUUUUAACCCUUACCUUCUGUCUUAGAAUCUAUACUGUGUGUUGGUUCCACGGCAGGAGAAUGGUAAGGGCUAGGAAAUGGGGAUUAAGUGACUUGCCCAGGGUCACAUAGCUGGGAAGUAUCUGAGUCCAGAUUUGAACCCAGGAUCUCUCAUCUCUAGGCCUGGCUCUCAAUUCACUGAGCUACCCAGCUGUCCCCUAAGAAUUUCUUAUAUACUUACAUAGUUCACUUGGGAUAUGAUUUUAGUCAGAAAAGCUUUGUAUUAGAAUGAUGGAGAGAAAAGGAGAGGGAGAGAGUGACAGAGAAGCAUAUUGUAGGUUGGGAGGUUGGGUCUUCACAUAUUACAGGCUAAAUAGUAUCUGGGGUUGACUAUACUAAUUCAGUUUGCCACUUGAAUAUUUCCGUAUUUAAUCUUAUCACCUUGAAUUCUAGGGUAACACAGGGACAUGUUAGUAUAUCUAUAAAAAGGAAAAUUAUGAGACUGGCUUUAAAUGAAUAAUUUUAUUAAUAAAAAAUAAUAGGGGGGAGAGGUAGAAAAAUAGGAGAGAGAUAUAUAGGAUACUUUCCUUAUUGUUCCAUCCUAGCUACACUAUACAAGGAAGUCCAGCCAGCAACAAACACAGAAGAGAAGAGAGCAAAAUCUUCUCUUGCCUAGUUUAUCAACCUUUUUCUCAAACACCCACUAACUCUCACACAUCACAUCUUGAGAGCCAACUGUGGCUUUCUAUUUUGCCUGGGCCGCCCAGGUGGGGCAGUCUGGGGAAUAGUGCAGGGGACAUCACCCUGCCCCCUGACUCAUGAUCUCUUGACUCUAUUGCUGCCUUUUUCCAACUGCCAUCUCUCCUGCUGGCCCAAUUCACCCAAUGAUUUCCUUCACACACAAUCCUCACCUUCAGGUCAAGUAGUCAACAGGAAAUGAGGUCAUCUGCUCAAUCCCAGAAAAAGAGGGGAGGGUAAAUUUCCUUUGCAUACCUCAUUAAUAAAAUCUCAACAUAUCUCUCAAUUAAUCAACUAAGUUCAAAGCCUUCACUCCAGUUCAUCAAACAUUAACUAAUGUAAUAAACUGGGAAAUACCUCGUCUCCCAAAAGUAGCUAAUCUUAUCUUUCUCAAUAAUAAUAACAUUUCUGUCUGCUUUAAGGUUUUCAGUGUACAGUAUAAAAAUAUGCAUUAUCUUAUUCCAUUUUCCAUAGCUACCCUUUGAGAUGGUUACUUAUCAUUAUCCCCAUUUUAUAAAUAAAGAAACUGAGUCAGACAGCGGUUUAGUGACUUGCCCAGGAUCACACAGCUAGUAAGUGUUGGAAACAAGUUUUGGACACAAGUCUUAUUGAUUCUUGGACUGUCCAGAAUUCUCUCCACUGUGCCACCUAGCUACCUCUGUGUUAUAUCUCAUGAUCCCUUAGGUCUAAAUAAAUUGGAAAUAUGAUUUAUUAACAAUGAAAUCUAUAAUAAAACAACAGGUUGUAUAAUAAUAUAUUACUAUAUAAUAAUGUAUAACAAUAUAUAAUAUAAACAACAUUCACGUAUAAUAUUUUAGCCAUGUUAAAAUAACUAGAGGUGAAAUCUCUUCCAUUCUGAAAACAGAACUACACCAUCUAGUUCAUGAGGGAAAACAAGAAAGUCUUCACAAGAGCCCUUUUCACUCCUUUCACAAAUCAAAGUCAAAACAGUCUCAAAAAGGAAGAAUGUAUCUCAGUCAUCUUUCUCUUUCUCCCAACUGUAACAGGAAAAUGGGCUCUUCUCCUCCUUCUCUCCAAGCCAUCACUUUAAAGUCUCUCUCCACAUUCCCUUCCAAUUUUUCUUUCACAAAAUAACAAGAUAGAAGUUUCUCCUCCUCUUCUCUUUUUUCUGUUUUCUUCAUAAUUUGGCAUCUAGAUCAAAAUUAAACUCACACAUUCUCUCUGACUCCAAAAGAAGAACACAUCAGAAAGACAUUCAACUCUGAGCUUUUCCCCUUCUUAAAGAGAUAGACAACUGCUUGAUGACAUGGGUCGAGGGGGAUAUGGCUGGGGAUUUAGACUCUAAAUGAUCACCCUGGUGCAAACAUCAACAACAUGGAAAUAGGUUUUGAUCAAGGACACAUGUAAUACCCAGUGGAAUUGUGUGUCAGCUACCAGAAGGGUGUGGGGGGGUGGAAUAUGAUUUUUGUAACCAAGGAAUAAUGUUUGAAAUUGACAAAUUUAAAAAAAGAGAUAGUCCCAGUUUCUACAGUCCUCAUAUAGUUUGGAACAGGGGUUAUAUAUUUACAUUGUGUGUAUACAGAAACAUGUGUGUACAUAUAAACAUGCAUGUAUAAAUUCUUAUUUCAAAUGUAUACACAUAUAUGACUGUGUGUAUAUAUACGCGUGCGCGUGUGUGUGUGUGUGUGUGUGUAUGUGUGUGUGUGUGUGUGUGCAUGUAAGAAAGAAAGAAAAGCUGGGCCAUUGUUCUAAGCUUGAACUCCUGACUUUAUUUGGGGGCAUACAGUCAGCGAGUAGUCUCAUCACCUCCAGGCUGUGAUGAAAGACAUCUGGUGGAUGGUUAUUUUGAUAGGCUUUUGACAUACUUUGACAUACUUUUGACAUGACCCACAUACUUUAAGUGGGUUAGCUAACAGUUGAUAAAUUCUCGUAUAAGAUCCAAGAAUUUCAUUGAUCUUGUAACUGAUACCCUCAGACAGUAACUUUAGGAGAGCCAUAAAGAUAAACAGAGUCAUCUCUCAGUUGUAGAAUCUGAGGACCCUGCUAGUGACAUAAAUUCCUAGAAAAGCAAAUGCUAUUGAUAAAUUCCUCUUACAACUGACUCUGAUCAUUUCUUUAAGCUUGAUCUAGAAUCAGGGGUUAGUCAAGCAGUAUACUUAACAUUCCAAGAUCCAGAACAGGAGCUCUGAAGCUACUCUUCUCCUUAUCUCUCAUUGCUUAUUCACAAUUAAUUAACCCUUUCUAACAGCCUAAUUAUAGAUACUACCUAAAAGUUUAUAUGAAAUGACUUGAUUUUUACAACUAAUGAUGUAAAAGCAAUAAAUACAAUUUCAACUUUUCAUGCACAUGUACACGUACACCUCAGAGAUACAGCAGGCUCGUUUCCAGACCAUGGCAAGAAAGAAAAUGUUGUAUUAAAGCAAGUCAAGUGAUUUUGGGGGGUUUCUCGGUGCAUAAAAAAUGUUUACAUUGACCAUCCUACCCAAACUUAUUCAUCUAUUUAGUGCCAUACCCAUGGAACUCCCAAAAAAUUUCUUUACUGAUUUGGAAAAAACCAUAACAAAGUUCAUUUGGAAUAACAAAAGAUCAAGGAUAUCCAGGGAAAUAAUGAAAAAAAAAAACACAAAUGAGGGGGGCCUAGCAGUCCCAGACCUCAAACUAUAUUACAAAGCAGCAGUCAUCAAAACAAUUUGGUACUGGCUAAGAGACAGAAAGGAGGAUCAGUGGAAUAGACUGGGGGCAAGUGACCUCAGCCAGACAGUAUACAAUAAACCCAAAGAUCCCAGAUCUUGGGACAAAAAUCCACUAUUCGAUAAGAACUGCUGGGAAAAUUGGAAGACAGUGUGGGAGAGAUUAGGAAUUGAUCAACACCUGACACCCUACACCAAGAUAAAUUCAAAAUGGGUGAAAGACUUAAACAUAAAGAAGGAAACCAUAAGUAAAUUGGGUAAACACAGAAUAGUAUACAUGUCAGACCUUUGGGAGGGGAAAGACUUUAAAACCAAGCAAGACAUAGAAAGAAUCACAAAAUGUAAAAUAAAUAAUUUCGACUACAUCAAAUUAAAAGGCUUUUGUACAAACAAAACCAAUGUAACUAAAAUCAGAAGGAAAACAACAAAUUGGGAAAAAAUCUUCAUAAAAACCUUUGACAAAGGUUUAAUUACUCAAAUUUAUAAAGAGCUAAAUCAAUUGUACAAAAAAUCAAGCCAUUCCCCAAUUGAUAAAUGGGCAAGGGACAUGGAUAGGCAGUUUUCAGAAAAAGAAAUCAAAACUAUUAAUAAGCACAUGAAGAAGUGUUCUAAAUCUCUCAUAAUCAGAGAGAUGCAAAUCAAAACAACUCUGAGGUAUCACCUCACACCUAGCAGAUUGGCUAACAUGACAGUUAUGGAAAGUAAUGAAUGCUGGAGGGGAUGUGGCAAAGUAGGGACAUUAAUUCAUUGCUGGUGGAGUUGUGAACUGAUCCAGCCAUUCUGAAGGGCAAUUUGGAACUAUGCACAAAGGGCGAUAAAAGAAUGUCUACCCUUUGAUCCAGCCAUAGCACUGCUGGGUCUGUACCCCAAAGAGAUAAUGGACAAAAAGACUUGUACAAAAAUAUUCAUAGCUGCGCUCUUUGUGGUGGCCAAAAAUUGGAAAACGAGGGGAUGCCCAUCAAUUGGGGAAUGGCUGAACAAAUUGUGGUAUAUGUUGGUGAUGGAAUAUUAUUGUGCAAAAAGGAAUAAUAAAGUGGAGGAAUUCCAUGGAGACUGGAACGACCUCCAGGAAGUGAUGCAGAGCGAGAGGAGCAGAACCAGGAGAACAUUGUACACAGAGACUAAUACACUGUGGUAUAAUCGAACGUAAUGGACUUCUCCAUUAGUGGCAGUGUAAUGUCCCUGAACAAUCUGCAGGGAUCUAGGAGAAAAAACACUAUCCAUAAGCAGAGGACAAACUGAGGGAGUAGAAACACCGAGGAAAAGCAACUGCCUGACUACAAUGGCUGAGGGGACAUGACAGAGGAGAGACUCUAAACGAACACUCUAAUGCAAAUACUAACAACAUGGCAAUGGGUUCGAAUCAAGAACACAUGUGAUACCCAGUGGAAUCACGCAUCGGCUACAGGGGGGUGGGAGGGAGGAAAAGAAAAUGAUCUUUGUCUUUAAUGAAUAAUGCAUGGAAAUGAUCAAAUAAAAUACUAUUUUUAAAAAUGUUUACAUUAUAUGGUGGCUAUGUAAUGUUGGUAAUAUGUACUUAUGGAUUAUUAGUUACAAAAUAUAUAGUUACAUCAUAUUUACAUUAUAUCAUAGUCUAUAAAGUUUGUAAUAGUAUUGUAUCUAAGAGACCAAUGUACAUAUCUUAAUUAAAAAAUAUUUUUAUUGAUAAAAAAUGCUAAUUAAUACCAGAGCCUUUGGUGAGUCAUAACC